AGUUAGGGGGGAACAGAAAUGGAAUUUGCAUCGUUUACAGGUGGGAUGUCCUAGAUGCAUGUGGCAUUCAUUCUUGUGCAUGUCGAUUCUCAGAAGUAGCUCUUUUCAGAUGUGGAAAGUAAAGGUUGUGAUAAGAGAGCAGAUGUCACUGAACAGUUUGAUCUGGAUGGUUUUCAAGUCUCCCUGCUAAAUCAAAAUGGUUUGCUUUAAAAAAAUAUCCUUCAUGCUUUCAUUACCAAAGCAAAAUACUUCAACUAAACCAAGUAUUUUUGUAUCCAAUACUAAUUUUUGAAAGAGGGAGUAACAUAUUUGAAAACUUUCUUGGCAACAAGUAUAAGAGCAUGGGGCUGUGAUGGAAUUGCUUCUGUGGGCACGUUAGUCUACUUUGGACUUCAGUUGCCAACAGAUUGUUGUGAAAAUUUUACUUUCUUGGAAGGAUGACAGAAGUGUCAGGGUUUUUUAAUCAGGUCACUUCUAAACAUCUUUGUCCCCAGUAAGCUUUAAACUUUGUACACUGGUCAAUUCUGUUUCAGAUGCCCACUGUGUAGCUUUGAAGAGUUAGAUUCCAGCAGGUGCUCCAUCAGCAUUGGAUCAGACUCCAUCACAAAAGGUGUUGUUGGGCUGCACUGCUUUGUGUGGAGAAGAAAUCAUCAAUUAAAAGAUGAAAAUCUUCUUAAGAUGAUGUAUUCACUACGUUUGAAAGCUGUACAGCCAUCAGCUUCUUAGCUGUUCUGCUUGCCGAUACUGAAGAGUCUAGGAUUUUUGACGAUACAAAAUGAAUGAACAUCCAAAGAAGCGGAAAAGGAAGACUCUACACCCUUCUCGAUACUCAGAUUCCUCGGGUGCAAGCAAAUACAUUGACAACAGUGGGAUUUUUUCAGACCACUGCUACAGCGUCUGUUCCAUGAAACAGCCAGAUAUAAAGUUUUCAGAAAAUAGAGGGAGGUUCCACAGUCCUGUGCAAAGCCUGGACACGGAUGACGACGGAAGCCCAGUGCACGCUGGGACUUCGCAGUGGAGCGGUUCCCAUGCAAGCGCUGUGGGGUUGCACUACACAGACCCUAAAAAGAAGGAUAAAGGUAAAGAUAAAGGUGGUAACAAUGGAAUGUGCAGAGACUUGUGUGAUUCACCUAUAUUCAGUGACAGCCCUACAGAAGAAGAGAAGCCUCUGGAUAUUCAAACUGUAGAAAUAUCUACAACAGAAGUGAAUGCUGUAGAAGUUCACGAUAUAGAAACACAGACUGUGUCACCUGAGAAGCUGGAAGCUGAGGACCUAGAGGAAAUCCCUUUGGAAACCUGCAAAAUCUUUGAGAAGAACCAGGCUUUGAAUAUCACAGCUCAGCAGAAAUGGCCUUUGCUGAGGGCCAACAGCAGUGGCUUAUACAAGUGUGAGCUCUGUGAGUUUAAUAGCAAGUACUUUUCUGAUUUAAAGCAGCACAUGAUCCUGAAGCAUAAGACAUGUACAGACACUCAUGUCUGCAAAGUGUGUAAAGAAAGCUUCUCCAGCAAAAUGCAGCUCAUCGAGCACGUAAAACUACACGAGGAGGAUCCAUACAUCUGUAAAUACUGCGAUUACAAAACGGUGAUAUUUGAGAAUCUGAGUCAGCACAUCGCAGACACUCACUUCAAUGACCACCUUUACUGGUGUGAGCAGUGUGAUAUGCAGUUCUCCUCCAGCAGUGAGCUGUACCUGCACUUCCAGGAGCACAGCUGCGACGAGCAGUAUUUGUGUCAGUUCUGUGAGCACGAGACAAACGACCCGGAAGAUCUGCACAGCCACGUGGUGAACGAACACGCCUGCCGGCUGAUCGAGCUGAGCGACAGCUAUCAUAACAAGGAGCGUGGACAGUACAGCCUCAUAAACAAAAUCAGUUUUGACAAAUGCAAAAACUUCUUUGUGUGCCAAGUGUGCGGCUUUAGGAGCAGGCUGCACACAAACGUCAACAGGCAUGUGGCUAUUGAACACACCAAAAUAUUCCCUCAUGUUUGUGAUGACUGUGGGAAGGGCUUUUCAGGUAUGUUGGAAUAUUGCAAGCAUUUAAGCUCUCAUUUAUCUGAAGGGAUUUAUUUGUGUCAAUACUGUGAAUAUUCAACGGGACAGAUUGAAGACCUUAAAACUCACUUGGAUUUCAGGCAUUCAACAGAUUUGCCUCAUAAAUGUACUGAUUGCUUAAUGAGGUUUGGAAACGAAAAAGAUCUUUUAAGUCAUCUUCAGAUACAUGAGACAGCGUGAUGACCUUCUUUCCCUGUCAUCAACUUCUUAGAAUUGGAACUAUUUUCCAGUUACUGAAAUAUGAUAUUAAAUACAAUUUUACCAGCAAUUGUACAAUUCUAAUGUUUUCCUCUUUGUAUCAGCAAAGCAUGUAUGACUUGGUGUUGUGAGUUCCAUUACCUAAAGGGUUCAGUGGGAAUAAUCACUUCUAUAGUGUGAUGGAUCAGAUUUUGGGGGGAGGGACAGUGGGAGUAGUUGCAUGUUGUCAUAGCAGUUCUGAUGGUCAUCCUGCACUUUCACAUCUCAUAAUACAAAGCCAGCUCUCUUGGGCUUAAAAAAUGGACAAGGAGAAAGCCAGCACCUUGUUCUUAGUUCAGCGUCUCAUUCCGUGCCUAAGUAACGCCAUGCUGAUCUGCACUGCGUGUCCAGCUCACGUUACCCUCUGUGGCAGCAGGUCAUCGUGCUGUUAUUCAGCAAAAUGCACCAGGCUGUCAAAGAGAAGGGUGCUCCAAAAAUUCCCAGGCAUGGUUGUCUCCAAAUUCACAUAUCAGCCUGCAUUUCCCACCUCAUGCUCUUGAUAAGCUGUUAACAUUGUCCUGUUUUUCUCUUGGGGUACCUGUCUGACCUUGUCAUUCACUUCCGUUGUUCAGUGUUUAACUUCAACUGACUAUCUGACAACCCUCUCUUCCACAUAUUUGCUACAGACCUUCCACAUGAUUUUUAUCUCCUUUAUUUGCCUUCAGUUCCUGUCUUUUAAUGCUGCCCCAGUUGGGUCAUGUUUUAAGGAGUUGUUGUAAGGGAGUCUGCAAAGUGAUCCAGCUGAGAAUGUACAAAGUGUAGUUUUCUCAUCUGAAAUCCUAAUUCAGUUCUCAUUGAAAUGGUGUAUGUUACCAGCCUCAUUUAGAACAAGCCCUUGCUAGUCUAUAGUUACAAUACUGUAUAUUUAUAAUUAGCUCCCAACUGCUAGCAAUGUGAGGACUGUUACUUUAAUUCUGUAUAUUUAAAACUUUAAACACAGAGUUUAAACACUGAUACAGUACAAAACAUUUCAUAACUGUCAUCACUUUGAAAUGAUUUCACACAUCUGUUCUGAUUAGAUAAUGCUGUCCUGAUAUUAUAAUCAUUAGAAGUGAAUUUUCACAACUCAUUCUGCAGCUGUAGUUGCAAGUGGAUACUUGGACAGAUAAAAAACAGAGUGAGGUCAUUUAGACUGUGCCAGUUACCAGUGUGAAGCUACCCAUAAAUUAGCGUUUCCAUUUCUUUCUGCAUUGAUUGUAAAUUUGUAAUGUAAGAGUAAUGCAAGCUUUGUAUAUAUAUGUAUUAAUGGAUAAAACAUUUAUUGAUCAGUGAGAUUUGGUGUCAUCAGCUUCAAGACAUGCAAGGGUCUUUGCAUUUGAAUUUUAAACCUAGGGGUAAAAUUGGCUGCAUGUAGUCAGGUGAUGGAAGUUCUGAUUUCUAGAGAAGUAUUUCUGGAAAGUCUGCUGUGAACCAGUUAGCAUCAACUUUUUUGUAGGAGGCAAGACCAUGUUUAUAAUUUCAAAGUGCUGAUUUUUACUACUGAAUCUUCAGUGUAGUCAUUGAAAGGGGCAACCUGAUGGUGUUCUGACUGUAUUUUAUUAGUCUGUUGUAGAGAGGGUGGCAGUGCCUGUGGUAGAAUUGUUGAUUUCCUAUUUUGAACACAUUCAUCCUGCCUGGCUUACAAUGGUAGCAACAAUACGGUUAACAAAGCACUAAUAAGAAUUAUUUUAUAUAUGGAAAGUUAAUGUGGGUAUAACUGAAAGGGGCAAACACUAGUUCUCUUAAACCCCUCUCUUGGGGAGGACACACAGUUGGAAUAGCCCAGUUGAGCUCUAGAGAGAAAGGGCUCCAGGAGACAGUGACAAGAAGGGGAAAAAGAUACUUAAUAACAAAUUGAAGUCUGUGGGCUUAAGAAGUGUUCCUGUUUGUACAGACCAGCACUGUGUCCAUACAGCAAAGGUGGUCUCUUGUAAAAGCACAGAACCCAGUGAUACGGCAAACCUGCUUGUUGACUCCUCAUGUCUAUCUUUGAGUUCUGUUACUUCCAAUCCCUAAACUGGGACUGGAAAGAAAACUCCACAGGAAUGUUAUGGAGCCAAAUCAUUCCUAACUGAAGCACCCCACAGUGUCUAAUUAGGAAACAUAGUUAAGUUUGUCUUAGGUUGGAUUUUAUAAAUAGGGACUAAUGUUAGUGUGUGGUUUUUAAUGUCUGUCAGGAAGUAAAUGGAAAAGUACAGGAGUAGCUGGUCUCAUUUUACCUUAGCAGGAACACAAGUAGGGUAUCAGCUUGCACAUGAUCAGCAUGCUAAAACAAGAAAGAUAUUAAGUGGUAGAAAAAAUAGGUAAUGAGUGGAGUCUGUCUAGAAGUUGGAAGGCUGAAAGGAAUGACUGUGGAUGUCAAGCACAGUGUGUUGUUCCCAUCAAAGGGAAGACAAGAGUUCGGUUUAUUUAUGUGAAGUGUGUAAGUGGAAGGUCAGCGCUCUGACUUUGCACCGGGGUGAACUGAGAGCAUGUGAAUGCAGCUGGGCUGAUGCUGCCAGGGACAUCAGUCUUCUUUAACCAUGUAGGUUGCACAAUUCACCUCUGUCUUAAAGAAGAGAAAUUGACUAGUAAUCAGAAGUAUGCCAGUGCUUUUUUUUUUGAGAUGUUACAGUGUCUCAAAUUGUGUUCAUUACGAUGGCACCUGUGAGGUUCAUCUGCUGCAGGAACAGAGUCCUAACUCAAAGCUAUACAAAGUCGUGGGAUUGGUUUGGGAAGUAUUUUGUAUUGGGAAGUAAUUUGUUUGAUUCUUCUUGAGCCUUUAGGUUACAUGUGUGUCAUUAUUUCAGCUUCUUUUCUAUGAUUCCUGGAGCAUGUUUGUUACUGAGCAAGAGAACUUCAUUAUAUUAAAGGUUCUGUUUACUUCAAAACAGAAGUGCCACCAAGUAUUGCAAGAACUUAAACUACAGCAAAUGAGUACAUUUCAAACAAUGUGUUCUCUUGUAGUGAUUAUUACAUGUUCAUUUAUACUGUAGUUGUUCUGAUUUUCUUGUAUCUAUCAGAUAAAUGACCACUGCUGUUUAAUUCUUCAAAGUACUUGGCAUGUGUCGUUUUAGCUGGCUCUGAUUAAACCACAGCGCUGACAGUAUGCGGGAACCCACA